CUUGACCUUUUGGACCGAUUAUUAGCCUUCAAUCCUGCCUCUCGAAUCUCCGUUGAGGACGCUCUGAAGCACCCGUACCUGCGAUCUUUCUACGAACCCAAUGACGAGCCCGUCUGUGAGAACCCCUUUGAGUACGAGGAAGAGAAAGUGGAUGAGCAGCCGAUAGAGAAGCUGAAGCAGAUGAUGUUUGACGAGGUUCGCAAACUUCAUCAACGCCAGCAGCAGCAGCAGCAGGCGAGUGGAGCACAGCAGUCCUGCGCGGUGCGAUCCUCUUAG